CUCUUGUUCUGCAGCUCGUUUUUUCUCACUUCAUCCGAUACAACUUAGCGUAUCUCUUGUUUAUGCUGAUGACGAAUAAUUACGAUUUGAAUCUCUAAUAUCUCGGCACUGCGUCGCUUGAAAAAGGUGUUUAACGGCCCAUUUGAAUCAACGCAAGUGCAGCCCGAACUGCCUCGUGCCGGAACCUUCUUCCUCGUGUCAUUGAUGAACGCGUCAAGUAGAAACAGCCCCGCACUGGCCAGACCCGUCGAUCAACGCGUCGACCUCCCGCGCGCGAUGCGCGCAUCUCUCAAGGCACUCGAAACGAGCUCAUUAAAAAUCCCAUGCAUCAGACUGCUCCGAUAUAGCUUCAUUCCGCUCUCCCUCCUACGCCGAGCUCCCCACCACCUCGAGCCGCGAGGCAGUUCAGUCGGCGCCGACGACACCUGCGCGCGCGGGAGCAAAGGACAGCCGCCGCCGCCGCCGCCGCCGCUAUGAUACUCGGACAGCGGCACUACCUGUCCGACCUGCGCGAGUUACGCACACGUGCGGUAGCUCAUUCACUCGCUCGCGUCAGCUGAUCACGCUAUACUCGACAGAAGCUCGACUCUGCGCGUACACAAUAAUCGGGAGGCGAAGCUGUGACAAUAUACCCAAGACGACGGAGAAAUCCGCGCUCGCUGAUAAGAGACGCGCACCUGGCGAUCGCUUCGUCUCUCUCUCUCUCUCUUUCUCUCUCUCUUCGUGUUUGCACAGCGAUCAGCCGUGCUCUUCGAAUUGGCCAAUCUAGCAGCCGCGGCGACGACAGUCAGUGUGGAAGAAGAAGCCGAGGGAGAAGAUCGCUCGCUCGCGCGCGUUCUACUUGUCGACGACGCUUUGACCCAGAGUCGCCGCCAAAAAUAUACCUACGGCUAUAUGUGUUGCGUGUAAAGCCGAGCCUUGGGAGACAUACGCGUGUUCGCGGACGCCGACGUUGACGCGCUUCUCUCUGUUGCGGAAUUGCCGUUGGAUCGAGGAACUUUGUGUUAAUCGCAUAGUGCUGUAUAGUGCGUAUUUUGAAAAACUCAACUACGGAAGUGCGGAACGGAGAUAGGACCGUGAUGUUACAAUUUUUCCGAGGCUCCCUGCUGCCGAAUUACGAACACUUCCUCAGUCGAAUCUCCACGAACAAAACCUUCGAGUACUCCUAGAAUGCCGAUCGGCUGAGGUUUGCCGGUUUUUUUUUCGUUUCCUCGAUAUUCUGCCCUAAGUUGUGCAAAAAGCUCGUGAAAAUUGAAACAUUUCUUCUAAUUGCGAGCUCGACUCCCAGCAGCGCACUACCCAUAUAUCCGCGCGGUCUCGCCGGCGGAAGGCGACUGCGCACCAGACAGUCUGGAGCGGCUCGCGCACGUGAGUCGCGGGCAACCUGUGCGAGCGCCGCUGUGUUGUGUACCACCUCCACAUCUGGAAAAACGCGCGGCUGCACCUGCCGCAGCAGCGAGAGCAGAAGAGGUGGCCGGUGCUUCUCCGCGCGCUCUUUCGCAGCGCAGACACGCGCGAUCGCCCCACUCGCGCGCACCGGAGGACUUUUCAGGCGCGCGGAAUACAUAUCGCGCGCCGCCGCCGCCUUGCGCCUUAUUGUCACUGCGCGCGGCCGACCUAUACAGGAUGAGUGCGCGCUAUGGUCGCCGCUGGCAAGCUUUGUAGUGAGAAGCGUCGCCGGUCAUUUUUCAAUUUCCCGCGCUUUCGCCAGUGCAGUUGAGAUACGCAGCUAGUUCGUACGUUGAUGACGUGCUCGUUCGGUUUUCGCCGUAAAAUCGGAACGAAGCAGCCUCAGUGAUACAGCCGGACGUUCUUUCGAGUGUCGAGUGUCGCGUGCGAGAUCGAGGACAAGUCGGAGGAGUUAGCUGAGAGAGGAUAUGAGCGGACCGAUCGGCGUGAGCAUCGUUACCGAGUUCGCCGACAUGGACCCCAAGGAUCGAUACGUCGUUGAUGGCGUCGCCCUAUCCACAGCGCCCGAAGAUGUGGGGGAAGGAAUCCAGUCGCCAGAAAACGACACGAAUUCCUUGCAAUCGUUGUCAUAUCUCGAUCCACCGGUCGACAGCGUUUACAUGAUAUGCGGCGUACUGAUCGCCAUGGUCCUCGUCGGCGUCAUCAUCGUCCUUCUCGCCGUCACGAUCAGCAAGCUCCGCAAGCGCGAGGAGCACCAGCACCACCAGCACCACCACCCGGCGAACUCGGUGCACCCGGAGCAGGUGCAGCAGCAGCCCCAGCAGCCGACGCAGGUCGUCACCGCCCAGACGGCGCCUAACCCGGCCGCCAGCGGCAUCGUCAACCCGGCCAUGUCCAGCAGCACCACGACCGUCGACUCUUGCUGCGCCGGCGCCCAGAGCACCAUAGUCGCCGCCCUCGGCAACGGCUGCAGCCUCGAGAGGAGCCCCGACACCGCCAGCACGAUGGUCUACACGACCGGCACCGGCGCCGCCGAGCAGUUCAUCUGGCAGUUCCCGCCGCCCUAUCCGCCACCCAACACGCCCCCGCCACAGUACACGUUGUACAACGAUCAGGAUACACUCGUACAUGGGCUGCAGUCGGAUAGGCAGGGCUUUGCCAAAGGCUUCCGCAAAAACCUGGGCGGACGCUGGCGUCGCCUGGUCAAGAGGAAGCCGGAAAGCGAGACCUGCGCCAUACCGCCGGAGCUGAAGGACCAGCUCAAGACCAUCUACGUCUACUAGAGACAGCCGCAGUGGAGCUUUCGAGAUGAAAAAAUCCGCCGGAAGCCGUCGACAGCCGCGCACCACGCAGAUUUCGACGUCGACCGACGGCCAACACAUGCUUUCCCGUAUUAAAUCGUAUUUAUGUUUAAGGAUGGAAUACCAAUUAGUCAAACGAGCGCUAGUUGCGAUAAUGUGCGACACGAGAUUUUUUUCUAAGAGUGCCUGUAUGCGACUGGAUGAAUCAACUUUUACUUUCAAAUAUUUCCUUGCGUAUUAUUAUCAUUACUACUACUAUUAUUAUUAUGAUUAUUUGUUGAUGACGUUUUUAUCGUAAAUAAGGGAGCGAUUGUGAAUGAGUGCAAAUGUAAGGGAAAAAUCUGAGCGUUCGCGCGUUGCGUUCAUCACUGUAGGUUAGCGAGACGUAGAGAUAUCGACGAAUCGGGUGCAACGCGGGACUAAAAGCAGCUCAUUGCGUUUACGCGAACGACCAACGAACACAUAUUAUAGUCUUGAUGCCUGGAAGCCGAGUGCGUACGCGUCGGACAAGUCCGCGUUGAGAUAACGAUACAACGACGUGCCCGCGUCGACCGGAAGAGCCUCUCUCCAGCGGUUCGAACUUAGUAUACCGAAAACGUUAAUCAAAAUAAGUAAGCUAAAGAACGUAAGGCAAAGAACACCAAUCGCGCCGCUGGACCGAGCGCUUUCCACCAUCGCACAGCGCGACCGCGGGUAGCUCGGGACGAAGGAGACUUCGAGAGUCGGCUACGAGCUACCCGCGAAGCGCCAACCACGCGCACCACUACAUAUGAUAUAAUUUACACGCCGAGAGGACCGAGAAAGUGCCUUUGUUCUUCUUCUUCUUUUUAGCCGUACUUUUACGCACAUAUCGAGAAGAGUCGGCGGGCUGCGGUGCGGCUGCUGCUCUGCACCGGGGAAACGACCUGCGCGAGUCACUAAUUAUUGCAUAUUGACGCGGAGAGAAUUUUUCUCCGCUCGCCGAUGACAAGAAAUCGCCAUUGGCCAUUUCAGAGAACUUUCUAUCUUACAUUACGUCCGCUUGAGUUUCGAGCCUUAUCUCGCGUAAGAAAUAGAAGAAAAACGUUUCGAGGAAAACAAUAGUUAUACUGCAACUAUGCUUGAAAUUCAAGUAGACGUCGAUUAGAUUCAGCAUAAUACAACCGACUUCGUUUGACUCUAUUGCGCACGACGAUUUUAAACACGACAUCGACUCGCGUGCGCGUUUUUCCCGGCAGCGACUCUCGCCUUCCGAAAUGAAAAUUAACAAAAAAACUGACCACAAAGCAUGCGUUUCAGUGAGCGAACGAGCAAGAUAGAGGACAAAAACGCCAAAGCAUUAAUUACGUAACGAAUGCAAAAAUGUUGAUUCGAAAUAACGAAGCUAUUGACGCUUCUACUCCAAGCUCGUGCGGACGACGCGACGCAGAAUUGUUUAGAAGCCUUCAUGAGACUGAAAGUGUAAAAGGGUACGACAAAGCGAGCUCACACGAAUCCUCGUAGCUCCCGUGUGUACGUAUUUACGCAUCCCCCACGUUUAUUAGGAGAAAACGCCCGCGUGUGCACGUCGAGUGAUAAAAGUAGUAGGUUUAAAAAACUUUCUUCGAUCCGAGUUGGACUGUCGCACAUACGUAUCUUUUCAUUUCGCUUAUUUUCUCAUGAGUCCUUGUGAAGAUAGUUGACUGUUGAAAAAUUAUUUCCGUCGAAUGCAUUUGUCAAGUUUACGUAACGAGUGAAUUCAUUCGUCGACUAUUGUACGACCAUUUUCUGUCAUGAAAAAAUUGUGUUUACUGCGCAGUUUCCUUUCUCGGGUGCGUUACUAGUAUUAUAUGUUGCAAACUGAGAUACACCGUAUAAACAUAAAAAGACAAAAAAAAGAACGAAAGAAGAAAAUGUGACAUUCGGCGCUGCCCUUCCUGACUGUCGUAGAUGUCUCGACGCUCUAUCUUCGUUUCCUCGUCAAGUACCAAUAACUGUAAUGUCUCGUAUCUCGGCAGCUCCGUAUCACACGAUCUUUGUAAAUAGGUGUAAAAAGAAGCAAUAAGGCGCGUAAUAUUUUUUUCUUUUUUGUAAAAGUCUUGUAUACUAUUUUAGGCGAGCUCUGCGCGGUUGGCUCCAACAUUUCGGUUCUUCUUGGCUAUCUUGGCGGGAGCGAAUUUCUCGAAUAAAUAUGAUAAUGUGUUAUUAAAGAAAAUAAUGCGACGCUCCUCUCCCGCGACGAUAUUGCCGACAAGACGCUUGCUUAGGAGCCAACUUGAGACUCUAACUCGUACGACGGCUCAUAUUGAGCUCACACUACAUACUAACCCACAAGUUAUUUUAGUUGAAUUGUUGUAUUAUAUGAUGUAUAGGUCGAUCGGUCGUAUACAAAAACAAAUGUGCCGUUUAUUCACCGACUUCCGCGAGCGAUCGCACACCUGAAAAUCUGUACAGGAUAGCACAUAUAUUUUUUUAUUUAAAAAAUCAGUAUUUUCGCUCGAUAUAGUUUUCAAAGCAUGAUCAAUUUGAAUUAAAAAAAAAAGUCAAACAGAACAAUAUAUUUUUGUAUGGAUUUUCAUCUGAGUGAUAGAGAGUGGUGGAGUCUCCUCGAGAUUGCGACUACUUUUGGAAAUCGCCAAUCCUCACGGAGGUGAAACUUCUCGUCGUGCAAUUUAAAGCAUAUUUUUUGAGAAAAUUAGUAUAAGCACAUUCGACCAGAUGAGGAUAACAAGAGCAAAUCCUAUCGGCGUUACACAACUUUGCCGAUCAACCUAUAAUAUACGAAAUAUAUCCUCCCGAAUACGUGUUGACUAAUUAAUUCGUUUUUUUAAAUCUGCUGGCGACAUAAUGAUUUGUGAAUAAUGAAUUAAAAUGAAAUUGUAAUUAAUAGACGGCGAAGCGAUUCAUUAUAACGGAAGAUGACCAACGAUGUGCCUAAACACAUAUCUGUUAAAUGUAAUAACGAUGAAAAGACGAAGGAGCCGUAUCUUCUUUUUAUGUAAAACGAUUAUGAUAUAUAGGUUGAA